GUAAGUACUAGUCGUUAACUUCAUUGUGAAAGUAGAAAAAAUGGCCAAGGCAGCGUCUGCAGACGGGGAGGAAACAGUCGUUUUACAAGGAGAGGAACCAGGUGCAAGUCAACAUUCAAUGCUGGUUGCAGGGGAUUCCUAUGAAGAACUGGAUUACGAUCUGAGUGUGGAUGAGAACCAAGUGAGAAGACGGCUGAAGAGCGGUACUAUAGCUGAGAUAGUAGAGAAUGAUGAUCCCAGAACAGAAGUACCGGUAGGAAAGCUAGUAGACCUCCAACCUGAAGUGUUUGAAGACAUACCACAGGGAGAUGGUGCCGAUAAUGUUGACAGGGUCAAUGAACUCAUAUCAGAGGUCAAUGAACUCUCAUUGAGCCAAGGUGCUGAGGAGAGAGUGCAGGAGAAUGACUUGAACAGAGAAAAAGAGGCUUCGGCACCUGCUGGGACCGAGGAAGAAGAAAUAAGAAUACGAUCCGGGAGUAUGGUGGACAGAGUAGAACAUACAGAGAGGGAUCAAGUCGUAGAAGAUAUUUACAGCACCGAAUGGAAACAACAGAAGAAACAUGUGUUUGUGUUCAGUGAUGCCGGCAAGCCUAUCUAUUCAAGAUACGGGAAAGAAGACAAAUUGAAUCCUCUAAUGGGUGUGAUGCUUACGUUGGUAUCUCUUGUAGGGAUUGAGAAGAACACACUAAGGUCAUUUCGAGCUGGUAACCAUCUGUAUGUAUUCUUAUUACGGCAGCCUCUUAUACUCGUAGCUGUAUCUAAAACAAAGGAAUCCCAGCAACAGUUACUGAUGCAGUUGACGUAUGUGUACAACCAUAUAAUCAGCGUCUUGACAUACUCACAACUCUCCAGUAUCUUCAAGAGGAGGGAUAAUUAUGAUCUACGAAAGCUUUUAGGAGGUACUGAGAUCUUCCUUGAUAACUUGAUAGAGCUGAUGGACCGUGACCCAUGCUUCCUCCUGACUGCUAUCAGGUGUCUACCAUUGGACAGUGCAAUACGUGAUAUGAUCGGUAGCGCUAUGCAUAGUGCAAAGGUUAAGGACUUGGUCUUUGCCAUCCUCAUAGCGGACAACCAAUUAGUCACUCUCGUGAGAAUGAAGAAGUAUAUCCUUCAUCCAGCUGAUUUGCAUCUUGUUUUGAAUCUUCUCAACAAAUCCACUUCCUUCAAGCACUCUGACUCCUGGUUGCCAAUUUGCCUACCUAAGUUUGAUAGUAGUGGUUUCCUUCAUGCGCACAUCUCCUACCUCGCCGAGAGUCCUGCUUGUCUCGUCCUCCUAACGGUCGAUAAAAUGGCCUUUGCAGAAAUGGCAAAAUGCAAGGAGAAAAUCUUAGAGAAAUUACAGAAGAACAACUGUAUAGCUGCCAUCCAACGAGCUGUGUCCAAGGGCAGUUUCCGAUGUCAAGAGGUCGGCAUUAGUGACCUUCGCCACUUCUUGUAUAAAUCCCGAAGCACCGCCCAGUAUACUGCACCAGAACUGGAUGCUCCCUACACGCAGCCAGAUGAGAGAGAUAGGUUAUUAUCAUUAUACCAGUACACUCAUCAGAGAGUCCAUAGUCCAUCAAGACCACUUAAAAUCAUGUUUACCGUAGGAUCUAAAGAAGCUGUUUUAGGAUGGGUAACUGGAGGGUUUGAACUGUUUGCCAUCUUUGGUCCUCUAACCACCAAACAAGCUGCUAUAUUUGCUGUCAAUAAACUACUCAAAUGGAUCAAGAAAGAAGAGACCAGGUUAUUCAUCUUGAACCCGCCAGAGUAUUGAAGCAGUCAAGCUGCAUCAUGCUGCUAUCAGGGAUACCUCAUACAAGGCUGUGAGGUCUGCUGUUUCAUUUGCUACGAGACUACAGAGUAUGUCAUUGACUGCUAACAGCCAACAGUUAUUCUGUAUUGCAAUUGUAGACCAGCCACUGUCGUAAGGGAAGGGCAGAAGUAUGCAUUUUGAGUCUCACUGCUGUUUGGGAACUGUUGCAAGGAGUGUCAUAAUCAAGAUGAUAAUAAUUUAAAUUGUAAAUUGGAAAGUAUAACAUGUCCAAAGAACUUUCAAAUUUACUUGAGUGUAUCCAUUUUGUUGUUAGGUACAUAGACAUGUACAUGUACAUGUAUGACUAAAACAUGUUCUUUAAUAGCAUACAUGCAAACAUGCCUGACAGUGGCAAAGGUAGUCAGGAAAUCACCAUCUGUAAAUAUCUUUAAAUCAAAACUGAAAGCACAUCUCUUUAAUUAACUGUAAAUCUUAGCAUAUCAGGAGCUAUUGUAGCGCAGUAGAAUAUAUACUUAAUGUUUUAAUCAAAAGAGUAUGUCAUGUGAUUAUUAAAAUAAUAAUAAUAAUAAUAUUCAUUUGUAAAGCACAAUAAAUAUGUGGAUAUAUUCUACUGCGCUGCAA